AUGAGUACGCUGAGCUGGAACUGUCGUGGCUUGGGUGACCCACGGACAGUUCGUGAACUUGUAGACUUAGUGUCUAGUAAGAAACCCGAUUUCGUCUUCCUCAUGGAAACCAAGGUGGGGAGGAUUCAUGCUGAGCGAUUACGUAUCAAACUUCGUUACGAUGGUUUGUUUUAUGUUGAUAAUGCUGGUCUGAGCGAUGGUUUAGCUUUGCUGUGGAGAAGGAAUAACACUGCAAGGCUGUUAAGUUUCUCGAGGAAUCAUGUUGACGUGGAGGUGUCUCUGUCUAGUGUUGGGAUUUGGCGCAUGACUUGUUUUUACGGCUGCCCGGAGCGUGGUCGGCGGGUUGAGUCGUGGAAUCUGCCGCGAACCUUGGCCCACCAGUCUCCACUUCCUUGGGUGGUACUCGGUGACUUUAAUGACCUUCUUUUCCAACAUGAGAAACGUGGGGGGAAUCCGCAUCCUGAUAAUCUGUUACGUGGAUUCGGGGAAGCGAUUGCGGACUGCGGUUUGGCUCAAUUACCCAUGAGGGGCUAUCAGUUCACGUGGGAGAGGGGAAAAGGCACUGAAAACUGGAUGGAGGAAAGGCUGGAUAAGGUACUGGCGGUCCCUGAUUGGUGCGAUGUUUUACCAUAUGCGACUGUAACUAAUAUUUUGACUAGGACCUCGGACCAUUCUGCUCUCUAUCUGGGAGUUAGGAAGGUUCGGGUAAGACCUAGUGGAUCUUGCGGAAGUUUCAAAUUUGAGAUGGCGUGGUUGCAUGAGGAGGGAUGUAGGCGUCAGGUGGAGGAUGCGUGGGAGGAAGGUAAACAACGGGGUUUGCUCAGCUGUUUGGAGCAUUGUGGUGACAGGCUGCUCCGUUGGGGUGGUGACUGUUUCCAUAAAUUUGGAAAGCAGAUUAAAACCCUACGUCAGAAGCUGUUGCAGUUACGGGGGUCCAUGGAUCCCCCCUCUCUCACAGAAUUCCAGCGCAUUGAGGCUGAACUGACCUGGCUAGAAGCAAAAGAGGAGACCUUUUGGAAACAGAGGGCGAAGCAACUCUGGCUGAAAGGGGCAGAUGUCAAUACUAAAUUCUUUCACAGGUAUGCUUCUGCUCGUAAAAAGAAAAAUUCAUUGUCUAGAUUGAAAAAUAACUCUGGUGUGUGGGUGGAGGAUGAGGGUCUUCACUCUGUUGUGAUUGAUUAUUUUGAUGCUAUCUUUACUUCCAAUAAUUCCCCCCCUGCCGAGUCGUUUUUUGCAUCUAUACCCCCACGUGUUACCCAGAGUCAGAAUGCAGGCCUCCUAAAGCCUUUUGAGCCGGAAGAGGUUAGAGCACCGUUGUUUUCUAUGUUUCCAGAUAAGGCCCCUGGUCCGGAUGGAAUGAACCCAGGGUUCUUCCAGCAUUUUUGGGAUGUAGUUGGGAGGAUGUCACGGGGUUUGUGCCCAAUUGCUUAUCUACUGGCUCGUUUCCGGAGGGACUAA